AUGAUGGUUUCGAGUACCUGGGCAUGGAUUUUGAGUGGAAUGUGGGGCGCUCUAACGAAAAAUAAGAGGCAGAGAAAGCUGAAGAAGAGGCUCAGAAAAAGGAUAAAGAUUCUGAAGAAAACAAAGAAAAAGAACCUGAAGCUCAAUCUGAAAAAGAGGCUCAGAAAAAAAGAUAAAGAUUCUGAGGAAAAUAAAGAUAAAGAACCUGAAGCUCAAGGUGAAGAAGAGGCUCAGAAGAAGGAUAAAGGUUCUGAGGAGGACGAGACUGAGAAACUAGAGAAGGAGGCUGAGAAAGAACCCAAGAAAACUCCUACACCACCACGUGGUAGAACUAAGGCAGCAACCGCGAGGAGAUCAUCACAUAUGGGGACACCACGUAUGAGAUUGGUUCUCCAGUGGUCUGAUGAGGCUGAUAAAUACACAGUCGAAGAGAAACAAGGGUGGAUUCUUACAGUUUGCAAGAGCAAUGAUGGAGCUUCUGCUGUAGAUGAGACGGCUGAUGAAGUUUCUGCUGUAGAUGAGACGGCGGAUGAAGUUCCUGUUGUAGAUGAGGGAGUUCCUUCUGUAGAUGAGACGGCUGAUGAAGUUCCUGCUGUAGAUGAAGGAGAUCCUGCUGUAGAUGAGACGGAUGAGGGAGCUCGUGCUGUUAGUGGGACGGAUGAGGGAGCUCAUGAUGUUGAUGAGACGGAUGAGAGAGCUCCUGCUGUUGCUGUUGACGGAGCUGAGGGACUUCCUGCUCCUACUAGGGUUAAGCAUAGGCAUAAGGCAGCGGCGGUGAGGAAGAAUGCUCCUAAGCUGAGGGGUAGACCGAGAAAGUCUACUGACCCAAAGAAGUUCGCAACUCCAGAACAGACAACAAGGAUACGUGCACGAUCACGUUGGGUUUCCUCUCCUUUCACUGAAGCUGACACCGAUGAGAUUGAAGGGCCCAAGAAGAAGCCUAGAACUGAGGCUUAG